CCCCUGAUGAAGUUCCCUUCCAUGCGGCGGGUUCUGACCGAGGUGGGCAGCGAGAUCCCGGACAUGAACGCCAUCACCCAGGCCCUCAAGUUCAAGCUGGGCUUCAGUGACCUGGCUGAGCCCACCCCGGAGAUCCUGAAGAACUACAUGGAUGCCCAGUAUUAUGGCGAGAUUGGCAUUGGGACUCCACCACAGAAAUUCACUGUCGUCUUCGACACUGGCUCCUCCAACCUCUGGGUGCCAUCUGUACACUGUCGUUUUCUGGACAUCGCCUGCUUGCUGCACCACAAGUACGAUUCCUCUAAAUCCAGCACCUACGUGGAGAAUGGCACCGCAUUUGCCAUCCACUACGGGACAGGGAGCCUCUCCGGGUACCUCAGCCAGGACACUGUCUCACUCGGUAACUUGAAAAUCAAGAACCAGGUAUUUGCGGAGGCCGUGAAGCAGCCAGGCAUCACGUUCAUCGCCGCCAAGUUCGACGGCAUCCUGGGCAUGGCCUUCCCAAAGAUCUCUGUGGACAAGGUCAUCCCUUUCUUCGAUAACGUCAUGGCACAAAAGCUGAUCGAGAAAAACGUCUUCUCCUUCUACCUGAACAGAGACCCCACCGCUCAGCCCGGUGGCGAGCUGCUCCUGGGAGGGACCGACCCCAAGUAUUACAGCGGCGAUUUCAACUGGGUCAACGUCACACGCAAGGCCUACUGGCAGGUCCGCAUGGACUCGCUGGACGUUGCCAACGGGUUGACUCUGUGCAAAGGGGGUUGUGAGGCCAUCGUGGACACGGGAACCUCACUCAUCACUGGCCCCACCAAGGAAGUGAAGGAGCUGCAGAAAGCCAUUGGGGCGACACCGCUCAUGAAAGGACAGUACAUGAUCCCCUGUGACAAGGUGCCAACUCUGCCUGUCAUCACGCUAACGCUAGGAGGGAAGCCCUACCAGCUCACCGGAGAGCAGUACGUCUUCAAGGUUACUGCAUCAGGAGAAACCAUCUGCCUGAGUGGCUUUUCGGGCCUGGACAUCCCACCCCCUGGGGGCCCACUCUGGAUCCUGGGAGAUGUCUUCAUCGGUCCCUACUACACCGUCUUCGACCGUGAUAACGACUCUGUUGGCUUUGCCAAAAGUGCCUAA